AUGGAGGAAUCAUUUGUUGAACAUCAAAAGGGAGUAUCAUGCAAUUGCAAAAUAAACAUAUCUCUAAGCUAUAUACCCGCCAUUCAAAAGUUGUACGUAACUAGCACUAAUCCCAAACACAACCAUCCUAUACCUAUCAAAAAUCCAAAAGAUAGCGUAAUCCAAGAACCUCACAAAUCACCUUCACCCUUGGACGAUCACCAUUCCGAAAUCGAAGGUUCUGAUAAUAAUUUAACACAGAUCACUGGAGACGAUAUAUCCGUUGUUUCGAGUAAAGAUGAUUACUCAGAAAUUUCAUCAAAUAGUUUAUCACAAUAUACUAAAGAUGAUAUGUCAGAUAUAUCUAGUGAUGAAUUUAAAGAUAUCGAUGAUAAUUUAGCCUUAUGUAGAUCUCACGAGGUAGAGAGACCCCUAUUUUGUGGAGAUACUGAAUGCCCUCCUUUCAAAAUGAUAUGCACAAGAGAUAAAAUUGAAGUCAGGACAUAUGGGCCUACGGUUUGGGCCUAUAGCGAUGUGACGGCUAAGAACAAGCUUAAAGCUAUCAAUAUCGCGUCCAAAAAUGUUGGGGCAUAUUUUUCGGGGCAAAAUAGCCAAAAUCUUAAGAUAACUAUGAGUGCGCCAGUUUUGAUCAAGGAAUUGGGGGUGAAACCUAAUUUUGCCACAUAUUUCCGUGUCGUCAAUAAAUGGUUCAGCGAUAAAACUUACAGGGUGCUAUACUAUAUACCAAAGAAAUACGUAGACGAUCUACCCCUCCCAAACAACCGCGAUGUCAAUAUACUCAAAGAAGGGAACAAAUCUUAUUUUUCGUAUUUCUAUCCGGGGUAUGUAUGGGCCCUGUAUUAUAACAACAAAUAUCAAAUUCUAAAAACGGCUUUAAUGUUAAUGGGCGCGAAAGAUAUUCCUUCGGAAUUUUACGUAGCUAGCUAUGAUAACAUCACCAAAUUUUUGGAUAGACGCAACGAAAUAUGGAUAGAAGCUAGCGCAUCCGAUGUGGCUAAGAUAUGCAAUGAACAAAGCGUUUUGAAAUAACAUUUUAU